UCUACAACGAAAAUGCGCCACCUAUCUUGAGAUAUAAGUUCUAAGGUCUCAGCAUAGUUACAACAAUGACAUGAAAACAUUUCGUAAAACAGCCGAAAACUGAGGGUUACUUAUUAUGCGGUAAUAGAAAUGCUGGCGCGGCCGUUCCCCGCGAGCCGGCGCGCAUUCAUGGCAUUUCAUUGUAGUGUACGGCAGUCGGUGCCCUGCCGCCGCGGGGGGAUCACGCGCUUCCGUUGCUAUGUCGCUCACCUCGUACUGCUCUAUUCACUCUAACGUUUAUAAUCGUCGUCAUCGCAACGUUUCCGCAUAGAGCACGUACCUUUUAUUCUACAAACAUGAAAGAGUACCGUCAGCCGUCGCGACUCUCAUUCAAGAUAACUUUGUUUUGACAAGUAACGAAAAUGAAAUGGACACAGUUGUUAUUAAAAUGAUAAUAAACACAAUAUUCUUUUGUUUUGUGAUGGGCGCGGCGCUUACGGAAGCACCGGACGAUGCAGAUGCGUGUUUUCGUGUGGCAAGUGUGGACGGUAUGGUGGAGUGCAAUGUACGGACGUUGUCGUCGGACAGAGAUGUCGUCGGUUCGAUGCACUCGGAUGGCACGGAGCGGCUCACAAUCCGCUGUAGCCAGCUCCUGAUCGAGAGCACCCUCAGGGAUCAUCAUUUUGGAAAGAUGCAAGGUCUAGCGGAGAUAUCGAUUCACAAUUGCAAGAUAUUGCGACUUCCGGGCAACGUCUUCGAGGGCUUGCGAGGUCUGAAGUCGUUGAAGAUACGUUCGAUGAACAACGAAUGGGGCAUAAAUAAAGAGCUGGACUUUACGUUGGGCGCUUUCAACGGGUUGCGAGAGCUCCACACUUUGGACCUCGCUUAUAAUAACAUCAGAAAAAUACCAUCUGAUCUCUUCUGUGCUUUGGAAAAUAUAAUAUCUCUUAAUUUAACUCACAACAAAAUUAAAUUUGUGGACGAACUGGGUUUCGGGCACAAAUGUGGCUCUACGCUACAAAGGAUAGAUUUGAGUUUCAACGACAUUAUGUCCUUGCCGGCUGACUCCGAAAUUUUACAUUUAAGGAGGCUGACGCAGCUGUUUUUACAGAACAAUAAAAUAAGCGAGUUGCCGACUGAAGUUUUUAGUGAUCUACUCUCGCUGAAAGUGGUGAACAUUUCCGAUAACGCUAUUAACUAUUUACCCGAAGGAUUGUUUCAUAAUACAAGAGAGAUUCGAGAAAUUUACAUGCAAAAUAAUGAGCUGGAAAUUCUGCCGAAGAGAAUAUUUAAUCGGUUGGAACAAUUGCUCGUUUUAGAUCUUUCGGCGAAUAAAUUGAAGAGCGACCACAUAGAAGAUGAAACGUUUAGCGGUCUAAUAAGAUUAAUCGUGCUCGACCUAUCGCAUAACGUACUCACGCGGAUUACUCGCAACAUAUUUAAGGACCUCUUUUGUUUACAAAUACUCAGUUUAAAUAAUAAUUCCAUUGGAUAUGUUGAAGAUAACGCCUUUUCGCCGCUUUAUAACUUGCAUACACUAAAUUUGGGCCAGAAUAUGUUACACGCUGUAGAGGACCACAUGUUUAAUGGUUUAUUUAUUUUGAAUAAACUAAACGUAAACAAUAACUUACUGUCUUUUGUAAGUGUAAAUGCAUUUAAGAAUUGUUCGGAUUUGAAAGAAUUAGACCUCAGUUCGAAUAAGUUAACAAAAAUACCGGAAGCAAUAUUGCAGUUACCUUUCUUGAAAUCGUUGGACCUCGGAGAAAAUUUAUUAACGGAAAUAACCAAUAAUUCAUUUCAAAAUCUAUCGCAGUUGACCGGGUUACGUUUAAUCGACAAUCAAAUUGGAAACCUUACCGCGGGCAUGUUCUGGGCCUUGCCUGGCUUGCAAGUGCUUAAUUUGGCGAAAAAUAAAAUUCAAUCUAUCGAAACUGAAACCUUUCAAAAGAACACACAAUUGGAAGCCGUUCGUCUGGAUGGUAACUUCGUUUCUGAUAUUAAUGGUGUGUUCGUGGCUUUGACCAAAUUGUUAUGGUUGAAUUUAUCGGAGAAUCAUUUGGUUUGGUUCGAUUACGCUUUUAUACCAGGUAACUUGAAAUGGUUGGAUAUUCAUGCAAAUUUCAUUGAAAUUCUCGGCAAUUAUUAUAAAAUUCAAAAAGAGUUACACAUUAAAACUUUAGAUGUUAGUCACAAUCGUUUAGCAACUAUAUCGCCAAUGUCAAUACCAAAUAGUGUUGAACUUUUAUUUAUAAACAACAAUUUAAUAUCGAGCGUAGAGACGGACACCUUUCUAGAGAAGAGAAACUUGACUCGCGUCGAUAUGUAUGCCAAUGAGAUUGAAAGUUUGGAUAUAAAUAGUUUACGCAUUUCGAGAGUGUCCGAAGAUCGAACAUUACCCGAGUUUUAUAUCAGCGGGAAUCCAUUUCGUUGCGAUUGCAACAUGAAAUGGCUUUUGCUCAUUAACUCCAUCACAUCGAGGCAAUACCCGAGAGUGAUGGAUUUAGAAAAUGUUAUUUGUAAAGAGUCUUAUGUACGCGGUGUUAAAUAUCUCUCAGUAACUUCGUUGCAUCUUAAAGACUUCUUGUGUAAGUACGAAACCUAUUGUCCGGAUAAUUGUGAAUGCUGCGAUUUAAAUGACUGCGACUGUAAAACUUACUGUCCUACAAACUGUUCAUGUUAUCACGAUUCUAGUAAAAGCACGAGCGUUGUUGAUUGUUCUGUGCAACAAUUAAAAGUAGUGCCUACAGCCUUUCCCAUCGACGCGACACACAUUUAUUUAGACGGAAAUGUUUACAGUGAACUCGGCGAAACCUUUUUCGAUUCAAUGCGCAACGCUUACGUCAUUUAUCUUAACGCUAGUAACAUUAUUAUAAUCAGGAAUAAUACGUUUAGUCAACUCCGAGACCUGAGGAUAUUACAUUUAGACAACAAUAAACUUAAACAAUUACGGGGCCUCGAAUUCUCAAAGUUAAGCAGCUUGAAAGAACUCUACCUCCAAAGUAAUUUAAUUGAGUAUAUUUCGAACGAAACUUUUUCUCAGUUGGGAGCGCUAGAAGUUUUGCGUUUGGACGGGAACCGGCUCGUGAAUUACGGACUGUGGCAUUUGGACAAUAACAAAAAGUUACAAACAUUGUUUAUUGGAAACAACAAUUGGUCAUGCGAUUGUAAAUAUUUACAAGGGUUCUUGACGUAUGUGUCUCAGAAUAUUGAAAAAGUACUCGAUAUUCAUAGUUUGUGGUGUGUGAAUGAAAAACUAAAACCAGUUAAGAAGCCUUUGAAUUUAAAUAUUACAGUUUGUAGUGAAAUAAGUGAAAACUCAAUGAUGAGCGCCUUCUUUGUUUCCCACAACCUUCCGUUAUUGGCGUCUGCCAUCACCGGCUUCAUGCUCAUUUUAUUAAUAUUGGCUUUGAUAUUCACAUUUAGAUAUGCUUGUAGAAUGUGGCUGUAUUCGAACUGUGGAAUUAAAUUGUCCCCUUUGGCCUUUAAGGAUACCGAUAAACUUUACGACGCGUACGUCUGCUAUAGCCCUAAAGACGAGGAGUUUGUAAUAGAAACGUUGGCCCGAGAAUUAGAAAACGGGUAUCCGUCGUAUCAUCUCUGCCUUCAUUACAGAGAUGUACCACAUUUUGAGGCGACAUACGCACAGUUUCCAGACUUGGUAGUCGAAGCUACGGAAGCUUCAAGGCGUAUCAUAGUGGUGUUAACAAAUAAUUUCAUUACAACGGAGUGGUCUCAGAUAGAAUUCCGACAAGCCCUGCAGAAAGCACUCCGAAAGAAUCCAAACAAAUUAAUAAUCGUCGCCGUAGGGCCCGUCCCACGAGAUCCGGAGUUGAAGUCAUAUUUCAAAACGGGUUUGGAGAUAACAUGGAAGGAGAAACGGUUUUGGGAAAGGUUACGUUAUGCGAUGCCGUCUUCAAAGCGGCACGGGCAUAAGUUAAAAAUACUUAAUUACGGAAGAAAUUCUAAUACGUACACAAUGGACGCGUCGGUGUUAAACAGUACGUGCCAGACGCUCUGCGGAAAGUCUGCAAAUUCUGCAGAGCGUUCGCCCUGUGAUCGCCCCCUAUCCGAACACAUAUAUUCUACAAUAGAUUCGGAUUACUCGUCAACAGAUUUCCAAGGCCGACACAAUCAGCCGCAGUCUGUGGUUUUCCAACAUACUGUUCAAACGUACCUGGUAUAAGCACCUCAAUAAACAUUAACCCAAACGAUCUCUUGAUAAUUGAUUCAUAAGCCUUAGUAUUAGCCUUAGGCGUCUGCUAUGUUUGUGUUGUUGUAUAUUACAACCGAAAAUCGUCCCAGUCUUGUAAAUAAAAUCCAGAAUAUUAUCUACCUAUUUUUAAAUUGUAAGUCUUUUGUAAGUAGUUACUAUACUAUAUACUUUUGUACAAUAAUGAUACCAAAUUUUCGCAUUUGAAAAAGUUUGCUUCAUUGUAUUUAUUACCUAAUAAAUAACAGAAAUGUUUUAAGUAUUAUUCGGAAAGACUGUAAAUUAUUGUGUAGUUUGUAAUUCGAUCAGCUGAUGUUUGUAUAGAAAUGUGAUUAAAGAAGUUUAUGAAUGAGGACCUUGA